GCUUCUGGCGAGCCGCUUUAAAGCCGGGAGAGCAGGUUCGCGGUCACCGGUCAUCGGGCUCUUCCUUGGGCUCAGGGCACGGAUCAAGUCCUCGGCUCGCUCGGCCAGCAUCGCGGCACCAUGGCGCAGGAGCUGCAGCACCCCGAGUUCGCGCGCGCAGGCCAGCAGGCUGGGCUGCAGGUGUGGAGGGUCGAGAAGCUGGAACUGGUACCGGUGCCCCAGGGUGCCUAUGGUGACUUUUACGUCGGAGACGCCUACCUGGUGCUGCACACCACCAAGUCCAGCAGGGGCUUCUCCUACCGCCUGCAUUUCUGGCUGGGAAAGGAGUGUUCCCAGGAUGAGAGCACAGCGGCUGCCAUCUUUACGGUCCAGAUGGACGACUAUUUGGGUGGCAAGCCAGUCCAGAGCAGAGAGCUUCAAGGCUAUGAGUCGACUGAUUUUGUGGGCUAUUUCAAAGGCGGUCUGAAGUACAAGGCUGGAGGUGUGGCUUCUGGACUAAACCAUGUCCUCACCAAUGAUCUGACUGCGAAAAGACUUCUGCACGUGAAGGGUCGGAGAGUGGUCAGAGCCACUGAAGUUCCCCUCAGCUGGGAGAGCUUCAACAAGGGCGACUGCUUCAUCAUUGACCUUGGCACCGAAAUUUACCAGUGGUGUGGUUCCUCCUGCAACAAAUAUGAGCGUCUGAAAGCAAGCCAGGUGGCCAUUGGCAUCCGGGACAAUGAGAGGAAAGGAAGAUCUCAACUCAUUGUGGUGGAAGAAGGAAGUGAACCAUCAGAGCUCAUGAAGGUUUUAGGGAGAAAGCCUGAGCUUCCAGAUGGGGACAAUGAUGACGAUGUCGUAGCAGACAUAAGUAACAGGAAGAUGGCGAAGCUCUACAUGGUUUCAGAUGCAAGUGGGUCCAUGAAAGUAACACUGGUGGCUGAAGAAAACCCGUUCUCCAUGGGAAUGUUGCUUUCUGAAGAAUGCUUCAUUUUGGACCAUGGUGCUGCAAAACAAAUUUUUGUAUGGAAAGGUAAAAAUGCUAACCCACAGGAGAGGAAGACUGCCAUGAAGACAGCUGAGGAGUUUUUACAGAAAAUGAAGUAUUCUACUAAUACUCAAAUUCAGGUUCUUCCGGAAGGCGGUGAAACACCAAUUUUCAAACAGUUCUUUAAGGACUGGAAGGAUAAAGACCAGAGUGAUGGCUUUGGGAAGGUGUACAUCACGGAGAAAGUGGCUCAGAUAAAGCAGAUUCCGUUUGAUGCCUCAAAACUGCACAGUUCUCCGCAGAUGGCAGCCCAGCACAACAUGGUGGACGAUGGCUCUGGCGGGGUGGAGAUCUGGCGUGUAGAGAACAGUGGUAGAGUCCAGAUUGACCCAAGCUCCUAUGGCGAGUUCUAUGGCGGUGACUGCUACAUUAUCCUCUACACUUAUCCCAGAGGACAGAUCAUCUACACAUGGCAAGGAGCAAAUGCUACCAGAGAUGAACUGACCAUGUCCGCGUUUCUGACUGUCCAGUUGGACCGGUCCCUUGGAGGGCAGGCUGUGCAGGUCCGUGUCUCUCAAGGCAAAGAGCCUGCUCACCUGCUGAGUUUGUUCAAAGACAAACCACUCAUUAUUUAUAAGAAUGGGACAUCCAAGAAAGAAGGGCAGGCACCGGCUCCCCCUACACGCCUUUUUCAAGUCCGGAGGAACCUGGCAUCUAUCACCAGAAUUGUGGAGGUUGACGUUGAUGCAAAUUCAUUAAAUUCUAAUGACACUUUUGUCCUAAAACUGCCACGAAACAAUGGCUUCAUCUGGAUAGGAAAAGGUGCUAGCCAGGAGGAGGAGAAAGGAGCAGAGUAUGUGGCUGAUGUCCUCAAGUGCAAAGCUUCAAGAAUUCAAGAAGGCAAGGAACCAGAGGAAUUCUGGAACUCUCUUGGAGGGAGGGGAGACUACCAGACUUCACCAUUGCUAGAAACUCGGGCUGAAGACCAUCCACCUCGGCUUUAUGGUUGCUCCAACAAAACUGGAAGAUUCAUUAUUGAAGAAGUUCCGGGAGAGUUCACCCAGGAUGACCUGGCAGAAGAUGAUGUCAUGCUACUUGAUGCGUGGGAACAGAUCUUUAUUUGGAUUGGCAAAGAUGCCAAUGAAGUUGAGAAAAAGGAAUCAGUGAAGUCUGCCAAAAUGUACCUGGAGACAGACCCUUCUGGAAGAGACAAGAGGACACCGAUUGUCAUCAUCAAGCAAGGGCACGAGCCCCCCACAUUCACAGGCUGGUUUCUGGGCUGGGACUCCAGCAGGUGGUAAAACCAGCAACUAUCCUGGCUGCAUUGGGGCAGCUGCCCCACUUUGUUGUUGGGGAAUUGUUUACUUUUUGUUAUUGGCUUUUGAAGAUAAACUCCUGCCAAAUGGAUAUAUAUCUAUAUCUAUAUCUAUAUCUAUAUCUAUAUCUAUAUCUAUAUCUAUAUCUAUAUCUAUCUAUAUCUAAUCUAUAUCUAUCUAUCUAUCUAUCUAUCUAUCUAUCUAUCUAUCUAUCUAUCUAUCUAUCUAUAUGCUCCUCUUUUCCUUCUCUUUCAAAGGGAAUUGCUGUAUGUUACUAUACUGAAAUAACCUAAAGCAACCAUUUGUUUUCGAGCAAUUUUGCAAUCUGGGGACCUCUGAGGAAGUAAUUUUGUCAUUCAGCCACUGCUAGCCAAACUUGUCUUUUCCCAUAGAGAGGAAGGAGAGCCACAGUGCUUCUAAGCAUUUCCCCGUCUGCUACUCUGUUUGCAGUGAGCUUUACUUUAUGUAUGGCUUUAACAAUGCCUUGCUGUUUCCCAUCUCAAGUCAAUGCCACUUGGAUGCCAUUCACUCCCAAGUGUCCUUACAUAGGAUGAACUUCUUUAGCUUUUUUAGAAAACUAAAAUCAUGUCUUUUAUGAUAAAACACAUUUUAUUUCUAUAAGUUUAACUUUAUAUAUUUGAUAGCACAUGCUCAAUAGCAUAAAGAAUAUGCAUUGAAUGAUGUUUUUCAUAAUUAAAAUAUAUCCUUUUGGAAAA